AUGGGCCGUUCUCGUUCUUCUCGUCCUGCCGCCCGCCCGGCCCCUCGUCGUGCCCCUGCACCUGCUCAGUCGCGUCGCGCUGCGCCUGCCCCUGCGCACGCUCAGGCUGCUCCCGCUCCAGCUCACCAGAGCAGCAGUGGUGGCGGGUUGAUGAGCGGCCUCAUGAGCACGGUGGCUCAAGGUAUGGCCUUUGGUACUGGCAGCGCUGUCGCUCAUCGUGCCGUGGGUGCCGUAGCUGGAUCGUUUUCGGGAAUCUCUGAGGCUCCGCAACAGCAGCAGAGCGCCUUGGCCUCACACGAAAACCAGGCCGCACAGCCGCCACAGGAGAAUCAGUGCGGCGCUGACCAAAAGGCCUUCCUGGAGUGCCUGAAUUCUAACAGCAACGACAUAAGCUCGUGCCAGUUUUACCUUGACCAGUUCAAGCAGUGCCAGUUGAAUCAGUCGAGCACUUUCAUGUAG